GCCGCCGGGGCGCUGCUUGCGGUGAUUGCACGGUGAUUGACAAAAAAGCACACGGGGCGCUGUUGUGAGCGUGGUUCCGUGUUAUAUUUAGAGGGGUUUUACGUUGUUAUAGGCGUAGCCCCAAGAAAAACUUAUACGGAGAAGAAGAGAGUCUUUCAAGAGGAGGAUGUCGUCGAACGCGGCCUCCGGGGCCGGAUCUAGCGCGAGCGAGUCCAAUGGGAGUAGCCAAGGAAGCCAGCAGACCGACAACAAGAGUGAGGAGAAGCACAACAAGACCUUGACCCCCAAGGCCUCAAAGUCACUCAGCACCAGCGCCAAAAGGAUUCAGAAGGAGCUGGCGGAGAUUACACUGGACCCGCCGCCCAACUGUAGUGCAGGGCCCAAGGGCGACAACCUGUACGAAUGGGUGUCCACCAUCCUGGGGCCGCCGGGCUCUGUGUACGAGGGAGGCGUCUUCUUCCUCGACAUUCACUUCUCGUCAGAGUACCCCUUCAAACCGCCAAAGGUCACAUUCAAGACGCGCAUCUACCACUGCAACAUCAACAGUCAGGGCGUCAUCUGCUUGGACAUCCUGAAGGACAACUGGUCGCCAGCGCUGACCAUCUCCAAGGUGCUGCUUUCCAUCUGCUCGCUGCUGACCGACUGCAAUCCAGCCGACCCUCUGGUGGGCAGUAUCGCCACUCAAUACCUGCAGAACCGCGAGGAACACGACAGAGUGGCGCGCCAGUGGACGCAGCGAUACGCCACGUGAUGUGGCCGUCCGGCUACUGGCUAUGUGGUGCAGCAUCAAAAUCAUGACUGAGCGCGUCGGCUCGGACGCGCAGGGACCGUGAGUCGCGCCGAGCCGCGCCCCUCUGUAGUGUAGCGUGUGCGCCGUGUAGCUCGUUCAUAUCCUGUGUUGUUCCUUACCUCGGACGUUCUUCAGUUAGCCGCCGCCGCCGCCGCCAGGUGACAAGAGCGGCGCGUUGGCGGCGUGACGCGGCGCGGUGUGCGCGGGACGGAGACGUCGGCUCGGCGGCCGCCGUCUGUUCGCGGCUCAGGUGUGUGUAUGUCUGUGUGUGCUCGGGCGCGCGUGUGUAUACGGUGUGGCUGAUUGUGAGUUCGUGCGCGUGACCCGGAUACCGUUCCGUGGCCACUGACGGUGUUUGGGGACGUGGGGCGGGGGACUGCCCCCUAGACACCGUCUCCAGGUCGGAGCGUGUCGAUCUGUAUUUAGUACAGAGCGUCGCUCCGUUUGGACGUUCUUUCCCGCCGGUUCAGUGGUCAGGAACACGCAUUGGUGUUUAUCUAGCCCAACGUUUGCGGUAUACGUGCGACUUCAUUUAUAGCCGAGUUCUAAGGCCGGCUGGGUGGGCUGCUCGGUCCGCCCGACCCCGUCCGUGACACGGGCGGCCGGCGAUGUGCGAGAGAGGACGAGUGUCAGUGGCGUACAUGCUUCCACAUCUCAUUCCGUAACGUACUGUUUUUCAGAUUGAAGACUGCUCGCUGGAUGGGCGGGCGGAAAUAAAUGGGAAUCUGAGA